AUGUCAUUAAAUUUUAAUUCUCUGAAGACUAACAAUACAAAAGAAGACAAUUUAUUUAAAUAUAUGCAAAAAACUAACGAUAAUAUGCAAUUCCCACAGUUAUUUUCAACAAACCAAGUUGUUUCUUCAAAUGGAAUUUAUCAAAAUGCUUUUCUUCUUUUAGUUUCAACCAAAGAGUUUUCUAACAUGAUUAACAUUGACAUAAUACAAAAUAUUCCUAAUCAAACUGAACCAAUGGUUGCUCCAGAAACGUCUGGUUAUGAUAACUUUAUUAAUUAUAAGGAAUGUAUUGAUUUAACUGCCAGAUUAGUAUCAGCAGUUCAGAAAUGCAAGCGUGGGCAAGACUACAUAAGCUUUAUUGAACUUUUUGUCACAAAAAGGAAAAUUAAAUCAAUUUUUGAAUUUAUUAAGGAGCUUAUUUAUGUCACUGAUGUUGCGUUUACUCAAUUGUGCCUUGUUCAAGAUAAAGAUUCAAAUGAUUCUUACCAACAAAUUGUUCAUUACGAAAAUAAUCCCCUCCAUCAAAUAUUAUCCGCUAAAAUGAUGUCUACAUUAAUUCCAUUUAAUUGCAUUUACAAAUCUUCGAAAUCAAGCGAAUUUCAGAAAAUUAUUUUUGACUCUAUUACAAAUGACGCGUUUAUUACAGUUCCAAAGCUUGUAGUAUUCGUGCAUCCUCAAAAUUCUAAAAUAGAACUCGAUGAAAACCUUCCAAAAUUGAUUUCUGUUCCAAUGAACGGAAAUAGAGAGUCUGUAUUAAAAGUUUUGGGAAGAAUUGCAGCGUGGAGUGAAUUUUCAUCGCAAAAUAAAGGAGUUGAUGAAAAAUCUCAAAAUGUUAUUGAAAAAUAUCAAAAAAUUUAUCCUGUCGCUAAUUACAAACUCGUUGGAUUUGUUAAUGCUGCUUAUUCUGAGCAAGAACAGUCUUCAACUGUUUCAAUGGCAAAUUCUGGAAAUAUUGAAGUCGAAAAGAGUGAAAAGAGCUUCCCAGAAAAUCCAAUAUGUGUUGUUUAUGAGUUGUCUGAAUAA